GAUUCUGUGAGCAGGAAGCACCUUAGACACCAGGCCUGGGCAGGCAGGAACCAGGAGAAUGGCUGCAAUGACUUCAACAGUACUGGUGGACAUACAGGAGGAGGUGACCUGCCCCAUCUGCCUGGAGCUCCUGACAGAACCCCUGAGCAUAGACUGUGGCCACAGCUUCUGCCAAGCCUGCAUCACAGAGAAUAGCCAGGAAUCGGAGAUUGACCAAGAAGGGGAAAGGAGCUGUCCCGUGUGCCAGACCAGUUACCAGCUCAGGAACCUGCGGCCUAAUCGGCACCUGGCCAACAUAGCAGCGAGGCUCAGAGAGGUGGUGUUGGGCUCAGGGAAGGAGCUGAAGGUGAUUCUCUGUGCGCACCAUGGAGAGAAACUCCAGCUCUUCUGUAAGGAGGAUGGGAAGGUCAUUUGCUGGCUUUGCGAGCGGUCUCAGGAGCACCGUGGUCACCACACGUUCCUCAUGGAGGAGGUUGCCCAGGAGUACCAGGAGAAGUUCCAAGAGUCUUUGAAGAGGUUGAGGCAAGAGCAGCAGGAAGCUGAGAAACUAAAAUCUGUUAUCAUAGAGAAGAGAACAUCGUGGAAGAAUCAGAUGGAGCCUGAGAGACACAGGAUCCAGACAGAGUUUAAUCAGUUGAGAAGAAUCCUGGACAAAGAGGAGCAGCGACAACUGAAAAACCUGGAGGAAGAACAGAGCAAGGGGCUGAGUAUUAUAGACGAGGCUGAGGAUGAGCUGGUCCACCAGAGCCAGGCGCUGAGAGAGCUUAUCUCAGACCUGGAGCAUCGGUGUCAGGGGUCCGCGAUGGAACUGCUGCAGGAUGUGAGUGAUGUCACGGAAAGGAGUGAGCUCUGGACCCUGAAGAAGCCACAAGCUCUCCCCACCAAGCUGAAGAGUGUGUUUCGAGCCCCAGAUCUGAAAAAGAUGCUGCGAGUGUUCAGAGAGCUGACAGAUGUCCAAAGCUAUUGGGUGGACGUGACUCUGAAUCCACAAACAGCUAAUUUAAACCUUGUCCUGUCUAAAAACCGAAGACAGGUGAGAUUUGUAGGCACCAAGCUGUCUGAGUCUCAUCUGGAAGAGCAUUAUGACUGUGGAAUCCUGGGCUCUCAGCACUUCUCCUCAGGAAAACACUACUGGGAGGUAGAUGUGGCCAAGAAGACUGACUGGAUCCUGGGGGUGUGCAGUGAUGCAGUGGGACCUUCAUUCUCUUUCAACCAGUUUGCAAACAAUCGGAAUGUUUACUCCAGAUAUCAACCUCAAAGUGGGUACUGGGUGAUUGGGUUACGGCAUAAACAUGAAUAUAGAGCCUAUGAGGAUUCUUCUAGUUCCCUGCUCCUCUCCAUGACGGUGCCCCCUCGCCGUGUUGGGGUUUUCUUAGACUAUGAGGCUGGCACUGUCUCCUUUUUCAAUGUCACGAACCAUGGCUUACCCAUCUACACCUUCACUAAAUAUUACUUUCCUACCACUCUUUGUCCAUAUUUUAAUCCUUGCAACUGUGUAGUCCCGAUGACCUUGCGUCGCCCAAGCUCUUGAACAUUCUGCUGUCCCCAACCAUAUCUGAGCAGUGUCCUUUGAGCCUCAUCUGCACCUCAGUCUCCUUUCUGACCUAUUUUCUGCAUUCUC